AUCAGUUCUGUCAAAAGGAAAUGCUACCUUUCACCUUCCUGAUCAGCGCAGUACCACCUACAAAGCAUUUCUAGCCACUCCAUCCUCAGCGCCUUUGUUGCGGCUCUCUGUUACAAGGGAGCUCGGCUCCUCCGAGAAACGCCACAGACUGAGGUUACUGCGCUCUCCGCCUGACAUCCUGUGAGGCUCCUGCCUCAGGCGGCACUCACACGCCUCGCUGCUGGGUCCGCUGACGAGCUCCAGGAGGAGGAAACCAGAGCAUCCAGAGGAAACCCACACGCUUUCAGGAAGGAACGUACAAACUUGCUGACAGAUGACGCUGGAAUUGACCUCCGAACACCGACGCACCAGGUGAUGCCAGAACUGAACGCCGAACACCGAUUGUAAUACAGUGGCACUAACCGCAGCAUUUUAUUUAUUAAGAAGAAGUACUGGAAGAUGAAAAGAAUCAGCCUAAUUAUCUUUGCUGCUUCCUUUUGGUCCCUGACCCUUGGAUAUAAAUGUGAAAACAAGGAUUUGAAGUGCCUGGUGGAUUACAAAAAGCUGAUGACUUGCUGCUGGUCACAGAACGUUUCCCAAGGCAGUUCUCGGUGUGAAGUGCAAGUGGAUGAAUUCAAAAGCAAUUGGAAAGGUUUCCCGAAAAAUUGCAGCUGGGAAAAUGCGCAGGAGAGGAGCUGCACAAUUUCCUUUAAAUUCUUCGCUGCGGCUCAGAAAUUCAAUAUCACGCUGCUGUGUAACAAGGACGGUUUGAUGAAAGAAGCUGCAAAGAUUCACACCUUCAUUCCAAAGGAUAACAUCCAGCUGCAGCCUCCGUUCAACCUGAACGUGGUCAAUAAUACUGACACCAUGAUUAAGCUAUCCUGGAAGACUAAACACGAAGAUCUUUUCAGUGACAAAAUGGAAUUCGAGAUUCGAUACAAACUCGAGACUGAGCCCUGGAAAAACGCCAGGAAGUAUCCGAUCCAGCAAAACGAAAGGGAAAUACAAAUUGGCUCCUCCAGUUUGAAGGCCGACUCCUCCUACGUGACGCAGAUUCGAGUGAGGAUUCUGGACACUAAGAAUUACAAAAGCAUCUGGAGUAAAUGGAGCCAGACACUGAAGUGGAAAACUCAGAAAUCCAAACCCGCAGCUGCUAAAUUCAGUGGAGACCUGUGGAUCGCCCUCUCACUGAGCGGAAUCCUAUUCGCCAUCACCGUUCUGUUCAUCAGGCAGCUGUGCGUGAGAAGAAAGAAGCUUCCCCGUUGGCUCUCCAUACCCGAUCCUGGCAAAUUCUUUUAUGAGCUGAAUUCUACCUACGGUGGCAACUUCCAGAAGUGGAUCGGGACUAAGUUCCCAGCUUCCUUCAGCAGCACGGAAGAGCUGGGCACAGAGAUCUCCUCGGUGGAAAUUUCAGAAAUCAAAGAUUCGCAGUCGUUCAUCAAGCAGAACUUCAUGUCAGACAGCAGUGGCUUCAGGAGUAUCAGUGACUCUUCCAUAUCCAGCUUUGCCAACCAGGGGUACUUCUGGUGCAAUUAUCCCAGCUCAUAUGAAGCGUAUCCUUGCAAAGUUUACUUCAGCUACAACCGAGAUGAGCUGGGAGCCAGGAGCGAGAAAAGUGAAUCAUACCUCUACCUCAGCUCCUCUGAUGACUCCCUCUAUGACAGCAGUCUGCAGUACUCCCCCUGCACCUUUUCCACAGACAAGCAGAGGUUUGAGUUGGAUUGUGGAGAGUCCCUGUCUCGUGUCACCGGAGAUAGCUCUGAGGAGGAAAUAGACAGACCACCGAGAGAACAUGGAGACCCAACUUGUCUACCAUACCCUGAUCCCCUGGCAAGUCAGAAACACUCAGUGAGUGAAUCCCACAUCCCUCCGAAUGCUGUCUCCCAAUUCCCUGCCUUUGGGUCCUCAGAUUGUUUCUUUGGGCCUCGUGUCUUGACAGAUAUGAAGGAUGAAGCUGCAAGCAUGUUCGUCUCCAACGGGUCAGUGUUUGAAAAGGCUCCAGACGCAUCUUGUUCUCAGAAUGGUUUUAACCAGCAGAACCCCAGUGUCUUUAAGAGUAUGUCUCUGAACCUGGUGCAGCCUACUGAUGCAUAUCUCUCCCUCAAGGAAGUUCAAAGCAAAUACAGUAAUCAGUCAAUAUAGGGAUGGAAUUGUGCGCAAGUCUGAUGUUAAGAAGGAGUUUCAACUUCAGGUCUCCUUUUGAAAGACUUGCCUCUACUUUCAAAAAGAGGUCUUUUAAUAUGUUUUUUUCUGAACUUCCCUCUUGUGUUGGUUCCUGUACCUGAAUUGAAGAGGACAAUUCAGGCUCCACCAGAACGUCAAUCAGCGAAAGUCUUAUUUAAAGUGGACAAUGUUAAUCUUCUAUAUCCUCACUGAAGAUACUUGUGCAGGGAGACAACAACAAGACAAGAUUAUUUGUUGCUGCUUAUUAACGUAAUGUGACAGGAAAAUUAGUGAAGUUCCCUGCUGGAGGCCAUUAGGGCAUCAGGAAAUUGGACAGACAAAACAAAAACUGAUCUUCAGUGAUGAAGGAUAUAACUGCCAGCAAGAAGCCGGUUUGAAACUGAAAAUAAAGCUGAUGUAAAUGUAGCAGUUUCUCCAGCCUCUGGGCCCUCUGCCACCUGUAGCCAAUGCUUUCCGUGGGGAACAUGGCAAUGAAUGGACCACCCCACAAACGCAAAGCGAGUGAGGCAAGGUGAUUUCUACUGACAGCCUGACGGUUAAAUUUUGAUGAAUAUGUAUGUGUCGUAUUUUCCAUAGCACGAGUACCUCGAAUGUUGAUCGUAUAAUACGUUGUAUUUUAACAGUAUUCAGUUGAAAAGUUUGUUUUUUCUUCAAUGAAAUGCAGUAAUGACCCUUUUUCUGCAUUGCACCUUGCAUUGCGAACUCUGCAUUAGGGUGCACAAAACCUUAUUCCUGUUCCAUCCGCUUCUUGAGGAACCCCAGGACUAUUUAUGUGCCACGUGCCUUGUGUGUAAUGCCUUGUCAGUCUGAGGCUCUCAGGCCUUGCAACUGUGUCUCGGCCUCUGGAUCACCCUGGACUUCACUCAAGUUUCCAAAACAGGAUCUGACCCACGACCUACCGGCCCAGGAGGGAGAGUGUAACGUUAAAUGCCAUUCAUGCUGACCUAGAGGCCUCACUGACAAGGGUCUGAAUCCCCGAAGGAUAGCUGGCUGCUUAGCAACUAGGCUUCGUGGCAAGGAGCAAAGGUCAGACUGUCCAGGGAACACCCCUUCCCUCAUUAGGAGACGGUCACAGGUUCACCUCAAGGGUCAUCUAUAGAAUCGAAAGGACAAGUUGGGUCAUUACUGAACUUAUUCUUACCAGUUACAUUUUACAUUAUUUGCUCAUUGCAAUGGGACAGUUUUGAAGCAGGAGGCGUUACGUGAAAAUGGCAGUGAAAAUGGAAAAGAGUUUUGACUUUCACGGUCAGCCAGGAAUAAUGAGGAGAGGUGACAGCUAGAUCAGUUGCGUUUCAGUAAGAAAGGGAUCAAACUCAAGAUUGGCCAACUCUUCUCUUUCGAUUGCUGCUCAGGAUAAAAAAAGACUUGUUGCCACAUCCUCUCUCGACAUAGGGUGAUGAGAUGACUUCACUAACUGACUUCAAAGCACGAACGGAAAAAUGAAAGAGACAGAGAAUCAGUAAAAGAUCGUAAAGGGGGUGGGGGGGGGAAGGACACCAGACUCUCUUCAUCAGAUCUAGUGAUUCCUCAAUCAAGUUGAAUUUUGUGCUGAUUUCUCAGCCUGCUCAUCAACAAAUUACUGACAAAUGAGGUACGGUACGUGCCUAAUAAAGUGGCCACUGAAUGUAUAUUUGUGGCCUUCUGCUGCUGUAGCCCACCUGCUUAAAGGUUCAACGCGUUGUGUGUUCAGGGGCAAUCUUCUGCAUCUGGUUAUUUGCAUUGUGUGGUUAUUUGAGUUAAUGUCCAUUUGAACCAGUCUUGUCAUUCUCCUCUGACCUCUCUCGUUAACAAGACAUUUUUGUCCAAAAAACUGCUGCUCACUGGGUGUGGUUUGGCUUCUCACACCAUUCUCCAUAAACGUCAAAAGCUAUUGUGUGUGAAAAUCUCAGGCAAUUAUCAGUUUCUGAAAUACUCAAACCACCCUUUCUGGCACCAACAAUCAAUCCAUGGUCAAAGCAUUUCUUCCCCCCAUUCGGAUGUUUGGUCUGAACAACAACUGAACCUCCUGACCAUGUCUGCAUGCUCUUAUGCAUCGAGUUGAUCAGCUGAUCAGAUAUUCGCAUUAACAAGCAGCUGUACAGGUGCACCAAAUGAAAUGGCCACUGGGUUUAAGUCCGUAGUUCCUGCUGCUGUACCUCUUGCUGCUGCCACAUGAUUGGCUGAUUAGAUAAUUGUAUUAAUGAGCAGCUGUGCUGAAAUACUUAAUAAAGUGGUCAAGGAGUGUGUGUACAUUUCAUAUCCUCCAGAGAACAAGUACAUAAAAUGCUAAUUGUACUUUAACAUCAUGCAAUUGAGAAACUGGUUUUUCUUCAAUGAAAUGUGAUAAUGAUGAUUUCCUCUGUCAAGUUGUGCAUCUGGUGUACAGCAUCUUAUUCCCGUUCAAUGUACCAUCUAUUGGGUACACCACAGUUCCCAGGGAACUGGGAACACCACCUCGGAGAACUGCAGGCCAACGUGGUUUUCAUGGCAAGUCCUAUCUUCAUCCUACAGCCUUCCAUUACUUGCCCACCCACAUUGUUGCUCUCUGUUCCCAAGCUCAUACCCUCCUCCAAACUCCCCAACUCCUGACCUCUGACCCCUUGAAUCCUCUUCAUCUUCGACUGUGAUCUUCAUCCCCAAGUUGUACACCCCCACCCCCCCAAUACCACCAGGUCUCAACCACAGUUUCCUCCCCUCCGGUCUUCUCCACCCCCAAACCACAAUAUGCCAAUCUUCCUCAAUUCUGAGGAUAGCCACACAUCCCAUUUUCCCCCGGGCCCAGGCAUUGGCAUGUUCUUCCUUGCUCGUCUCCGACCCUACCCUGGUCUCAGGUCCCUGAUUAGUGGCCUUCCCCUCUCCCCAAGCCUGGACCACAUCCAAAUCUGAUCUCAGUCCUGGUUGCUGCUCUGAUACUUCCAAGUACAUGUCCUUGAGAUUCUCAGUGGAGGAACCAGCAAGGAAUAUUGUUCAUAGGAUGUAGAAUACUACAGCAUAGUAGAGGCCCUUCAGCCCACAAUAUUGUGCCAAUCUAUAUCCUUCCCUCCUACAUAGCUCUCUGUUUUUCUAUCAUUAUAAAAUAAAAAUAAAAUCUAAUAAAAUUAAAAAUAUUCAUUAUCUAAAAUUCUUGGACAACACCAAGCCCGGAUCAUCAAGCAUUGGGAUCCCGUGAGGUGAAAUGUGGGAUUGAGUUGAGGGUGGAGUUGUUGAGGAGGGUGAGGUGGUGUGAGGUUAGGUAAGGGCUAGGCAUGUGAAGGAGUGAAUUGAGGGUGGGGUGGCAGUCAGAUUGAAUUGGACAGAGGCAUUGAAUGAGAAGUCCCUCUAACCCAUCCCAAAGUGUGCCAACCUACUAGGAUCAGAAUCAGGUUUAUUAUCAGGGACAUGACUUGUGAAAUCUGUUAUUUUGCUGCAGCAGUGUGUGCAGUGAAAUGCAUAUAAAAUUACCAUAAGUUACAAUAAGAAAUAGAAAAAUAAAGAGCGAAGAAGAUUAAGAAAAUAAAUCAGAAGCAAUGCUGAGACCCCUCGUAAAUUGGGGAACGGCUUUCUCAAGCACCCUGUUCCAUCUGCCACAAGUGGGACUUCCCAGUGGCCAGACAUUUUAAUUCCCAUUCCCAUCCCCACUCCGCUAUGUUGGUCCAUGUCCUCCGAUUGUGCCACAAUGAGGCCACUCUCAGGAUGGAGGAGCAACAUCUUAUAUCCCGUUUGGGUAGCCUCCAACCUGAUGGAAUGAAUAUUGAUUUCUUCUACUGGUUUAAAAAAAAAUUCUUUCCUUUUCCCUUCUUCUUCUGUUCUCCUCUCUGGUCUUUUACCUCUCCUCACCUGCCUAUUACUUCCCUCGGGUCUCCUUCUCCUUCCCUUUCUCCUAUGGUCCGCUCUCCUCUCUUAUUGGAUUCCUUCCUCUCCAGUCCUUUACCUUUCCCACCCACCUGUCUUCACCAAUCCCCUUCUAGUUAACCUCCUUCUCCUCCCUCAACCUUUUCAUUCUGGCGUCUUCCCCCCCUCCCCUUCCUUCUCAGUCCCGAAGCAGGGUCGCCGCUCGAAACCUCAACUGUUUAUUAAUUUCCAGAGCUGCUGCCUGACCUGCUGAGUUGCUCCAGCAUUUUGAGUGUACUGCUCUGGACUUCCAGCAUCUGAAGACUUUCUUAUGUUUAAGAAAUAUGAAAACAAAAAAAAAUAAGCAGAUAAAAUAAAUAAAGAGAGCAAGGAUAGUGAGGUAGUGUUCAUGGGUUCAUGGUCUGUUCAGAAAUCUGAUGGCGGAGGGGAAGAAUUUGCUCCUAAAACAUUGAGUAAGCCUUCAGGCUCUGUACCUCCUCUCUGGUGAUAGUAAUGAGAAGAGGGCGUGCUAUGUCGUUGAUGGUGAGCUCCUUCAUCAUGGGUGCGGCCUUCUGGAGGAAUGGCCUCUGGAAGGUGCCUGGUGUUGGAGCCGAUUCCGUGGGAAAUGAGGUUCAGAUUAGAGGAGUGAAUGUUGUUUUGUUUAUUAAAAUACAAAAGCUGCAUCAGUGUCUGAUCAUUUAUCAUUACUUACAGCAUCUCUUCACAUAUAUCAUCAUGUCCACCGUGUAACCUUAUGACAUUUUAAUGGGAUUUGCUUUGUUGUGUUUUACCAUGUAAAGAUUGUAUCAUUUCUCAGUUUCAAUAAAGGAUUUUGAUUUGAA